AUGGCUUCAGCCGGUGCCGCCGCAGCGUCUCUGCUGAAGCGCCAGCUCAAGGAGAUGCAGUCGGGCAAGGACCUCCCCGGAAUUUCGUGCGGCCUCGUCAACGAUAACAACAUCUUCGAGUGGGAGGUGAUGCUCAUGAUCAAUGACGACUGCAAAUACUACGGCGGAGGUAACUUUCGAGCUCGUCUAGUUUUCCCCGAAAACUACCCCCAUAUGCCGCCUCAGCUCACCUUCCAAGAUCCCAUCCCUUUCCACCCCAACAUUUACGAGAACGGCAAGCUGUGCAUCUCCAUCCUGCACCCUCCUGAGGAAGACCAGUACGGUUAUGAGUCUGCCGCCGAGCGGUGGAGUCCCGUCCAGACCCCCGAGACGAUCCUCCUUAGUAUCAUCAGCCUGUUCUAUAGCCCCAACGAAGAGAGCCCCGCCAACGUUGAGGCGGCGAGGAUGCUGCGUGAGGAGAAGGAGGGCAAACACAAGGAAUACAGGAGACGUUGUCGGAAGUGUGUGAGGGAGAGUCUGGGAGAGGAUUGA